UUGCAAAAUAGUGCGAUGCUUUAUGUGCGGGAGAUGAGGUUCACUACAGACGUACGUAUUGCUAGGAGGUAUCUGCAUGGAGUAGCCACUCAGACCAAACUACCGAGUGCGAUGAGAACGUAUCAGAAAAGUCUAUCAAUGUCUAUAGUUGUGGAGGAAAUAGAACGUGAUGUUGAAAGAGAUGCUGAUCUAUGUAUGGUACAGCGACACGGAUACAACUCGUACGACCAAAGAAAUAAACCCAAUACGGAGCGAGAAAAUGUCAAAACGAAGAAAGAUAACGAGAUGCAGAACGACGAGAUGCAGAAUAACAAAAUCAUAACACUAACACGAAAAAAAGAUGAUAUGAGAGCCUAUCAGGCAUGCUGCACCUGUGGCACUUGGUAUCCAUAUGGGGAGUAUCGCCCCGUAUCAGGAGGCGGUGGGGACAUGAAAGGUGGGUGAGGGUGAGGAGCCACCAUAAAUACAGGAAGGGCUUGUUGCAUUUCAGGUGGUCU